GUUCAAGGAAACCUAUCAGGGAGCACUCGGGGGAACGUUCAGACAUGGGAGAACGUUCAGACAUGGGGGAAUGUUCAGACAUGGGGGAACAUUCAGACAUAGAGGAACGUUCAGACACAGGGGAACAUUCAGCCUCAAGGAAACAAGAGGAUAUGGAGAAACAUAUAGUGAAGAAAUAUAUGGUGGAGCUGGAAAUUGGGAAAUAUUCAAACUUGGGGGAACGUUUAGACUCAGAGGAACGUUUAGAAUUGGGUGAACAUUCAGGCUUGAAGGAACCUUCAGAAUUGGGGGAACAUUCAGGCUUGGGGAAACCUUCAGACUCAGGGAAACCUUUAGACUUGAGGGAACCUUUAGUCUCAGGGGAACAUUCAGACUUGGGGGAACAUUCAGUUUCGGGAGAACAUAUAGGUGAGGAAUG